AUGACAUAUGAAAAAACUGAACAAGAGCUAAAUCGAGUAAAUAGGUAUUACGGGGAGGCAACAAAGAAGUUGAAAGAUUGGGGUGAUGGGCAGAGGUUGAAGGAAUUAUGGAGAGGAGAGAAAGAAAAUUUCAAGACCUUUAAUGCUUCCUCAAGGCUUAAUGCCAUCUUCUCAAAAUUGUCAGCAGCAUCUACUGAUAAAUCAAUUUUCAAAUUUUGGAAUAUAAUGAUUAAUCCUAAUGAACAAAUUUAUUGGAAUAUAAUGAUUAAUCCUAAUGUUGAAUUCUGGGCCUUGCAUAUAUGUUUAUUUUCAGCACUUGGAAAUAGAACAUUAAAAUUAAAAGAACUGCUAAAUGAAGCAUUGAAUCGAUAUCCAUCCAAUGGCACUAUUUAUGACCAUAAUAAUUCUAUUUGUAAAAUUUCACAUUUUAACAAUUAUACAGUUUAUUUAAAUGCUGAUGGUGCUGCUUUGUCAAAAUUAUUGGCAUUACAAACAAAAUGGAGAAAUAUGGAAUCAAAUAAUCCACAAAAAAUUAAUGAUAAAAUGAUCAAGGAAGAGUGUAAAAAAGUUGGGGAAGUUUCAAAAAAGGUUGGUAUUAACGAUUGGUUAUUACUAAUUCUGUCAAGUUGUGAAUGUUCAAUUGAUUUGGAUAGGUUGCAACCAGAAUGUUUAAUUGUUAGCAAAGAUAAUUUUGUAAAUUUUAUGGAAAUGUCCUUCUUUGCAGGUGGUAAUAAAAUUUGUAUUAAUUCAACAAAAUUUUGGGAAUUGAGGGUUUUAGAUGGUGUGGGAGAAAUAAUUGCAAAUGAAAUUUCAAGUGAACGUGAUAAAAGAAAAUUUGAUGAUGUUGAUGAUUUAU